GCGCACACACAAGGAAUCGCACAUCGAAAGCGGGCGCGCGCGCACACACACGGAGAGAAAGAGAGAGAGAAAGACACCGUCAAUGAGUUGUGUUGUUCCUUUUCCCUCCUGCCUUCGCCUUUGGCUCCGAAAAAUUUUCAUUCCCGAUAUGAACUGUGCUCGUCGAGCUGUGUUUCAGCGAGUGUGUGCUCUCCCGUUCAAUGAUUCAGUCACUCGCUCGUACUCGCUCUGUUUCGGGUUUUGUUCACGUUUAAGAAAGACACAAAAAAUCGAAUAAUUUUCGCCGAAAAUUAAAGUAAAUAAAUAGAAAAUUAGCUAAAUGGGUAAAUAGACGAAAAUUUCAUUAGACGUAAAGUGAAUAAAAUUUCGUGAGUCGAUUAAAAUGUUGAAGUGAAUAUUGGCGAGUUUGUGUGUCUACCUAUCGUCCCCCAUGAAUAUAUAGAGUCGAUAGAGAGAAAUGGUGGUGUGUUUUCAGUCUCCGGUCGUAGCUCCCGUUAACACGAUUCAUUUAAUACACAAAACAUAUUUGAAUUAAAUUAGUGCAAUUUAUUUGAUCCGCAAGAGCCAAAAUACACACACACACACACAGAGAGAGAGAGAGAGAGAGAGAAAGAGUAUUGGCAACAGUGGCAGCAGUGAAGUGUUUCCAUUGGUGGGAGAAUUGUUAAGUAAAUGGAGAGCAAAAGAAGUUUAUUGUAAUCGGAUGUAGAGUGAAAUAUGUUGGAGAUUGAUUCGUCUUUCCAUCUUAUUGGAUAUUGUGUAGCGUAUUGAAGUGCCAAUGGACCGAAAGGAUAAACGAUAACUUUGCAGGCGAAACGACUUCUUCUACUCACUAUCUCGUUCACCCACUCUUCGUUCGCAUCCAUUCAUUCUAACUCGUUCUACAUUUUUUUUGGUCUCGUUCGUUGCGCGCAUAAACAACAAGUCAACAUCGUUAUUUACACACAAAGUAGACAACAGUGCAAGAAGACAGUUUUUGCAUAGCAUCAAAACAAACUUUGCUAAAAUAUUCAUUCGAAUUCACAGUCGUUUUUUAUUUGAAUUUUAUUAGGCGGAUUUGAAGUGUGAUGCAAGUGCGAGUAUUUGACAUUGUUUAAAAGUUGGUUUUUUCCCGGUUUUGUUCUGUAUGUUUUCGAGGAACGGAGAACAGUAACGCAGGAACAUCGGCAUAGGCCCAGCACCAUACAAACAAUAAUUUGAAUAUAAACUACAAAUGUUGCUUGGUUUCCUGCUGCUUCUAACUGGCAUACGAAUGCGACAUUGACACUGUGCAUAUACACAUACUGUACACAUUAGAUCAUUUGUACCAUUUGGACAACUUAAUUUUUCGCACACACGCCGAAUACAAGCGCGCGAACGCGGUGACGACUGCCGAUUGUAUAGAUGUACCGAGUGAGAGAGAGCCGAUGAACAGUAACAUAGUGACAACAAUAACAACGAAUUAAACGUUCACAGUGUACACAGCAGCGAACGAAGCGUAAGAGGAAUACACAACUGACGAAGGCAGAGAAAAAAACGCACAACCAACCCGAAUAUAUAUAUAUAUAUAGAGAGAGAGAGGAUCAAGGAACAAGGACAGAAAAAAAGCCGUACACAUAAUGGAUUAAGUCUCAUUUGGAUGACUCUAUUUAUUGUUCGUGCUUUGUACGCAUGAAGUGGAUAGUGGAUAUUAUACUUUUGCCACUAGUUUCGUUUACUCUCUUGCAUUCAACUCUUGGUGUUUAGGCUGUGUGUGCCGUUUUGUUCCAACCAUUUCGAAAGCUCAUUGAAGGUGAUGUGAAUGGUUUCGGUUUUGUUUUUACCGCUUUGCUAAUAUUGUGCAAGUGCAGUACCGUACAUUUAGCGUGUAGCGUAAAGCGAAUAAAUAUUUCUGCGGAAAAGGCAAUUGAACCCCAAAACAAACCAUAUUUGCCUGCUGAAUAAACCUACAUAAAGCCGUAUGAUUUUAUGCAAAUUAUGUGGAUAUUGGAUUGGUAACAGCGAGAGAAAAAAAAAUCGCUCAAAAGCCUGUUUGGUUGGAUGGAUUUUUUUUUUCAUCCAGUUUUGCAGUGAUAAUAGCCAUGUCGUUGUAGAUUAAUUGGAUUUUGAGAAUAAAAUAUUUGGAUUUCAUUAUUAAAUAAAUUACUUUUCAAAUUAUAUGCAUAUAUCGUGCAUCGACGACACAUACACAUUCGCGACAAAAUACUGAUGGUUUUUUUUUUAACUGUUGAUGCUUCACUGUGCUGAAACGUUGCGGGUCGAGUUUCGAUUCAUUCGGAUACACAUUUAAAUUCCAUGGAAAUUCUACGGAUUUUUUUUCAAUCUCAUUGUCAACAGUUGUAACAGAACAAAAAAAAAAUUAAUUCAAUAAGCGUGUAAAUAUAAGAGCUAUUUCAAAAAAAAAAAAAACAGAACCAAAACCAAUCAAGUGUUCGAUACACAGAGUGUUCGUGUGUGUUUGUGUAUGUGUGUUUUUUUAUCCUGUUUCUAUCGCGUAUUGUGCGGUUUUAUUCCGAAUUCCAUGUUCAUUUACGCUACAUUCUAUUGUGUCGAUAAUGAUUGCGGCAAUUGCUAGUCUCCACAAGCUCAUAUUCGUUGCAAUAUUCCUGCAUUUGAAUCAUGUGCAUUGUUUCAACGAUGCUGAAUCCCAUUUGUUACUGGAUCACAGCGGUACUGCUGACUCAAACUUUCAAUACGAUCAAAUGGCGGCGAGCCCGGAAAAUCGUAUGCAAAAGAGAAAUUCAAUGAACGUUCAACCAGUUAUUAUGCCAUUCACUUCAGAUGAUUAUUAUCAAACAACGUUACCAAAAGGUAUAUGCCAAUUGUACACGGGUACAACAUGUGAGGCUUUUCUAAAAAAUCAAACGGUUUUUGUGCCACCGCAUUUGACUUUAGAGAGUUUGGAAGAUAAUUUAAAGGUGGCCUAUUAUGGUGUUAUCAAAGAGUCAAAAGAUAUGAAUGUAAACUGUCGUGGAUUUGCGUUGCCCAGUUUGUGUUAUAGCGUGUUGCCGAUUUGUCGAACACCUGAGAAGACGAACCACCAAUACUUUCGGAAUAUUGCUCUGCAAAAGGAGAAAGAAAGACUUCGUAAGCUAGAGUUGGCAGCUGCUGCUUUGGCUACAACUAGUGUCGCCACAACGACAACGACAACCACAACCACAACAACGAUGGCGACGACAACGACAACAACGACGACGACGACAACAACUCCAAUCCCAGAAACUACGAUGAUUACAUCAACAAAAGCGUCCACUCAAGGAACCAAAAGUACCAGCGAGUCAUACGCUGAAAUUACUCAGGAAAAACAUAUCGAUCAAAUAGAUUUUCCGACAAAAUCACAGAAAACCAAAAAGUCAAAUAAAGCACGUGAUCGAAAGAGUAAAAAGCAUUCAUCACAACAACAACAACAACAAACUCCAGUUGAAACUGCGAUUCAUUCACCAUCCAAAGAUGCUGACACUGACGAUUUUGAUGGAAAGUCACAACGGAGUCGACGAUUUUUGGGCGAAUUCUGGGAUGAACACAUCAAUUUUGCAAAUGUGGCCGAAAAAUUUCGCCACCUGAGACAAGCGAUGCCAAUAUCACAUUCAAUGAUUUAUUCACCGGAUUCAAACUAUCCGCCAGCUCGUUCAACAUCCAAUUUGAAACGUAUAUGUCGCAACGAAUGCGAGCUGCUCGAAAAUGAAUUGUGUCAAAAGGAAUAUGCGAUUGCAAAACGCCAUCCGGCAAUUGGACAAGUUCUGCCGAUUGAAGAUUGUUCAAAUCUUCCCGAAGAGUUGAAUGACUGCUCAAGUCUAGGUAUUGCAAUUGAUGUAGAUGAAAAUGAGGACUGCUAUUGGGAGAAUGGUUCGAAAUAUCGAGGGAAAAUUGCCGUUUCCAAAUCAGGAAAACCGUGCUUGACUUGGGUUCGAUUGAUGAAAGAAAUUGCAGAUUAUCCCGAAUUGGCCGGCACAAACUAUUGCAGAAAUCCGGGAGGAACACAGUCAGGGCCGUGGUGUUUCGUUGACAUUGUCAUAAAUUCAUCGGUGGAAAAGGUGAUCGAGAUGUGUGACAUUCCAAGGUGUUCGGACAAAAUGUGGUUGUACGUGAUAGCACCGUUCAUAUCAUUCUUAUUGCUGCUAAUGCUCACCGUGUCCAUAGUUUGUUGUCGUAAAUUCCGAAAGAACGAUUCACGCGAGGGAAUCUCCAAUAUACACAAUAUCAAUGUUUCGGGCACUGGUAAAAAUAUUUAUGGCAAUUCUCGACUAAAUUCACCGAUAGAAAUGACAUCACUGCUUACGGUUGGUGGGAAUCAACAGGAAAAUGUCAAUACCAAUCAUGAAUCAAAUGCGACGAUAACAUCGAUUCAAAACCAACAACAUGUUGCAUCUUUGCCGAAUGGCAAACCGCAACCAUCAAAACAACAACAUUCAUACUCAUCGCAUCGCAAUAAUUCAUUUAGCUUGUACAAAUGCCCCAGUCAAACCAAUGGCGGUGGCUCAAUUUGUGGUAGCAUAAAAAGCUCCGAUACAGGCAAUGACGAUACGACCAGCCUGUGCACCACCAGUGAUGGUGGCGGUGGAGGCGGCGGCGGUGGUGGUAGUGGCGGUGGUGGAUGCAGAAACGGCUCAAGAGGUUCAGCGUUGCGUGUUCGUCAGUACAUGUUGCAUCACGUUCGGUUUGUUGAAGAGCUGGGCGAAGGGGCAUUUGGUAAAGUUUACAAGGGUGAAUUGACACAAUCGAAUGGUGAACGUAUUUACGUUGCUGUAAAAGCCCUCAAGGAAAAUGCAUCAGCCAAGACACAAGCCGACUUCCGUCGAGAAAUUGAUCUCAUUUCCGAUUUGAAGCAUGACAACAUCGUUUGCAUUUUGGGCGUUGUUUUGAAGGAAGAACCAUUGUGUAUGCUCUUUGAAUAUAUGGCCCAAGGUGAUUUACACGAAUUCCUCAUCUCGCAUGCGCCCAGUGAAGAUUGUAUGGGCUCAUUGAGCCAAACACAAUUUUUGCACAUUAGUCUACAGAUUUGUGAUGGUAUGGAGUAUCUUGCCAGUCAUCACUAUGUGCACCGGGAUUUGGCGGCCCGUAAUUGUCUCGUUGGUGAUAAUUUGACGGUGAAAAUUUCCGAUUUUGGUCUUUCACGUGACAUUUAUAGCUCUGACUACUAUCGCGUUCAAUCAAAAUCUCUGCUACCUGUACGUUGGAUGCCAUCCGAGUCGAUUUUGUACGGAAAGUUUACAACUGAAAGCGAUGUUUGGUCAUAUGGUGUGGUCUUGUGGGAAAUUUACAGCUAUGGAUUGCAGCCCUACUACGGAUACAGUAACCAAGAGGUGAUUAAUAUGGUGAGAUCACGGCAACUAUUACCGUGUCCUGAUACAUGCCCAAGUGCAGUCUAUUCGCUCAUGGUCGAAUGUUGGCACGAACAAGCCGUUCGCCGUCCAUUAUUUGCUGAAAUUGGCCAUCGAUUGAAGAUUUGGUAUCAGAAUCAAAAGCGAAAAGAUGAACAAGGUGAUGCAUUAUCGAAUGGCCCAAGCAGGAAGGGUUCUACGAUGCGAAUCAAUGCAAUGACACCAUCAUCGUCCAAUCAACACAUCGUUGGAAUGAUAAAUGGUUGCAACGGCGACAAUAUAUCAGAGCACAACCGUACCAUAGCUGAACAUGACGGCCGGAAUUCAUCCAUUUCAUCAUCGCAUUCACCGCAUCGAACGCAUACCUCAAUUUCAUCGUACAACACCACGUCCGAAAAUCAAAACAACAAAUCACAUCAUCAUUCGUUGGACCGGGAGAGCAACAAUAAAAGUUACCGAGAAAUGGGAACACGUCAAUUUUAUAACACAAACCCAAAGCCACAAGGGCAUUCGAAGCAGCAGAAACAACAAAAACUCCAACAAAUAAACAAUCAAUCAGCCCGGCAAUCGAUGCCAAUGAAAAAUGUGGCUAAAUCACAGUCAAACCUAAGCAAUAAUAUAAUAUCAAAAUCCGAUGCAAAUGUGGCGGUUAACAGCUCCGAUGAAUGCUUGAACAACAUUGAUCGUAUGUCAAUUCACUCACAGUGUAACAGUGACAUUUACAAAAAUCGCCACAUGAUUCUUGCAUCGUCCAAUAAAUCAUCCAAACAGUAUUGUAAGUAUCACAAUUUUAAUUAAGAAAUAAAAUGAGAAAAAAAAAAACGGCUGGACGCCCGCAUCAACUAUCAUCAUCAUUUAGAAUAUUGGAAACCAAAAUUUGAAACCCACAUUCAGAACUCAACAUCGAAAUGUUUAAGCUUUUCUUUUUCAUUUUAAAUGUAGACAAAUCAAAGGAAUCAUUCAAUCCAAAAUUCUAAUUUCCAAUUCUAUUUGCAUUAUUUAACCAAUUUUACAAAAUGAUUUAUGAAAUUGAGUUCAUUUCUAUGAUAAUUUAUACCGUUCAAAUCAAGUAGUAAAUUAAUAUUUAAUUUUGGUCUAAAUUUAACACUUAGAAAAUAAUUUAUAAGAAGAAUAACAACACAAAUGACAUGUUAUUGUGUCACAAAAUGAGCAUUUUUAGUUACUAACAACAAAAAGUGUAAAUAUUCUCUGCAUCGACAUCAAACAAAGCCGACCACAUUCGUCAAGUCAAAUGCAAAUAUCAUUAAUCUAAAUACCAAAAUUGUUAGCAUAAGUGUAUUACUCUGUUUUGGUCGGUUGUUCUUUGUCAACUUUGAGAUAGAAAAAAAGAAGAAUCUCUUUUAAAUGAGAUUUGAGAUUGAAUUCGAAUGUUCCUUCGUUUUGCGUCUGAACGCUGAACAUUCGGUAUAAGGAUCAUCAGCGAGUUAGGUCGAUCAACUGUCUUUCUAACUACAACGCUCAAAAAUAAUUUAUCCCAUUUUUUAACAAAUAUUUUGAAUAUUUCAACCUUUUUUGUAAGUAGAUACAAAUUUGACUCGAUGCAGUGUGCAAAUUGACUUUACAUGCGGAUUGAGUAAUAUGUACCAAUAUUGUCCUCAUUCAACUGUAUGAACACAACGAUAUUCGUUUGUCAUUUGGAUGAAUGGAUCAAAACAAUUCUGAAAUUUUAAUGUACCAAAAAAAGAAAAAACCAACAUAAAAUAACAUAAUCGAUAUACCGUUUAAGAUAAACAUAACUUUUGCAAUGGAACAUUUUUUUUUUGAUAUGACCAUUUGUAUUAAUUUAUUUGAGAAAUGAUGCAAGAUGCAAAAAUAAAUAUGAAAAAA